UCUCUGCCUGGAGAGACAUCUGGCCAAGUUCCGGUGAGCAGGAAAAAUGUCUACUCGUUACCACCAAGCUGCUAGUGAUAGUUACCUGGAACUUCUAAAAGAGGCUACCAAGCGAGAUCUAAAUCUUUCAGAUGAAGAUGGCAUGACUCCCACUCUCUUGGCAGCCUACCAUGGGAACCUGGAAGCCCUAGAGAUAAUCUGCAGUAGAGGAGGGGACCCUGAUAGGUGUGACAUCUGGGGAAACACUCCUCUACAUUUUGCAGCCUCCAAUGGCCAUGCCCACUGUGUCUCAUUCCUGGUCAACUUUGGUGCCAACAUCUUUGCCCUGGAUAAUGACUUACAGACUCCGCUGGAUGCUGCUGCCAGCAGGGAGCAGAAUGAAUGUGUUGCUCUCUUGGACAAGGCUGCCACUGCGCAGAAUAUCAUGAACCCCAAGAAGGUCACCAGGCUGAAGGAGCAGGCUCAGAAGAAUGCCAGGAGGCAGAUCAAAGAGUGUGAGAGGCUCCAGGAGAAGCACCAAAAUAAGAUGGCCCACACCUACAGCAAGGAGGAGUCUGGGACUCUCUCUUCUUCCAAGGGUACCUUCUCCAGGUCAUUCCCUUCAAAUGCUUCUGCUCCUGGCACAUUCGGGUCACUAUCUAAGGGCAUUAAAGAUACUUUCAAGAUCAAGUUCAAGAAGAACAAAGAUACAGCAGAACAGGUGGGGAAGGAAGGCAGAAGUGGGCAGAGGAACGUGAUGGAAGUGUUCAGAGAGGAAGAGGAAGACUCGUUCUCAGGGGACUUCAAAGAGAAGCUCCAGUUGUCAGCAGAGGAGGACAGCAGUGUGCACCACGAAUCCAUUCUCAAUCGUCCAGGUCUAGGAAGUAUUGUUUUUAGAAGGAACAGGAUAUUGAGUCCUGAAGACAUCUCAGAUAGCAAGAGGGAGUUGGGUUUUAAACUGCCCAGUGAAUUGUUUCAAACACAAGGAACAUCAGAGGCUGAUGAGGGUGCAGCUGAUGAAGAGGAAGAGGAAAACGGCCUCAAAGAUGAUCUGCCGUGGGGUGAGGAUGAAGUGGAGUGGGAGGAAGAUGUGGUCGACGCCACACCCCUGGAAGUGUUCUUGCUGUCUCAGCACUUGGAAGAAUUCCUGCCUAUCUUUAAAAGAGAGCAGAUUGAUCUAGAAGCUCUGCUGCUCUGCUCUGAUGAGGACCUUCAGAGCAUACAAAUGCAGCUGGGUCCCAGGAAGAAAGUUCUGAAUGCUAUAAACAGGAGGAAGCAGGUGCUACAACAGCCUGGGCAGCUGGUCGACACCAGCCUGUGAUGGAGGGUUUUGGCCUGGAGCAUUGGGGUGGUGCUGUGGUCUGCUGGCAGCACUCCAGGCAGCACCCCUUCUUUACCCAAUGCCAGAUCACUGGGAAUGGAUUGUAGGGCGUCGGAGAUGCCUACUUGAGAGAGAGGCCCAAAGUUUACUCUGGGAGGUAGGCUGUGCCCAUCCAAAUAAAUGUCCGUGAGAAACUUGAGGAGACUUCAUAACAAGAAAAUGGCAUUUCCCUUCAGUUAUCUUAUGUGUGUGUGUGUGUGUGUGUGUGUGUGUGUGUGUGUAUAUAUAUAUAUAUAUAUAUUUUUUUUUUUUUGGAGAUGAGGGUCUCACUCUCUUACCCAGGCUGGGUUGCAGUGGUAUAAUCAUAGUCCACUGUAUUCUCAACCUCCUGGGCUCAAGUGAUCUCCUCCCACCUCAGCCUUUCAAGUAGCUGGGACUACAGGUGCACACCCCCACACCUGGCUUAUUUUGUAUGUUUUAGUAGAGGUGGGGUCUUACCACGUUGCCCAGCCUGGUCUCAAACUCCUGACCUCAAGCAGUCCUCCCACCUCAGCCCCCUAAAGCAUUGGGAUUGCAGGUGUGAACCACCGUACCCAGCCUAUCUUUUUGAUACUGUUGAAUAAAGAAAGGGUCAUAUGCAUGACAGGAAAAUGAAAGAAACUUCCUUUACUUUUCUAUCCCUGGAUUUAAAAUUAUAAUCUCAUCUCAUUAUCCUGCUGCUUGCUUUCUGAUCUGUAUAACCUGGGAAUUCUAACUCUUUUUCUCUCCUGAGCUCUGUGACUUUGCCUAGUGGUAGAGACUAAAGUUCUUUCCUGGCCUGAGGCUUGAUGCCCAACUUGAAUGCAUCUAACCCUUUAACAAAUGUGUACAUGUUUAUAAGUAAUGGAAAUGCAUCUAUAAUACUCCUGCCUGAGAAUAGAGACAGAGUGGCGGUGGGGAGAGUGAAGGAAGAAAUAGAAUACAGAUGGUACCUGUUGUUGACUGACUUAUGUCAAAUUCAUAUGUUGGCGCUCUAACCCCUAAUUUGACUGUAUUUGGAAAUAAGGCCUUUAAAGAAGUGAUUAAGGUUAAAUGAAGUCAUAAGAAUGGGACCCUAAUCCUAUAGGACUAGUGUCCUUUUUUCCUUUCUUUUUUUUUUUUUUUUUGAGAUGGAGCCUUGCUCUGUCACCCAUGCUGGAAUACAGUGGCAUGAUCUCAGCUCACUGCAACCUCUGCCUCCCAGGUUCAAGCAAUUUUCAUGCCUUAGCCUCCUGAGUAGCUGGGAUUACAGGUAUAUACCACCACGCCUGGCUAAUUUUUUGUAUUUUUAGUAGAGACAGGGUUUCACCAUGUUGGCCAGGCUGGUCUUGAACUCCUGACCUCAGGUGAUCCACCUGCCUCGGACUCUCAGAGCGCUGGGAUUACAGGCAUGAGCCACGGCACCCAGCCUAGGACUGGUGUCCUAAGAAGAGGAAGAGACACGUAGGUAGAAGGGACACAGUGAGGCCACGUGAGAAUACAGUGAGAAGGCAGCCGUCUGCAAGCUGAGGAGAGGGACCUCAGGAGAAACUAACCCUGCCAACACCUUGAUCUUGGACUUCCAGCCUCCAAAGGUGUGAAAAAAUAAACUUCUGUUGAUAAACCUCUGUUGUUGAAGCCACCCAGUCUGUGGCAUUUUGUUACGGCAUUCCUAGCAGAAUAAUACAGUCCUAAGUAAGAGGGAUGGGGGAGGAGACCAAGAAAAAUACAGAAAAAAAGUCUGGCCAACUGCAACUGAUGAGUUUUUUAAAGGUAAACACCUACUGAAACUUAAGGGAAAAAAAAAAAAAA